UCGACCAUUAAAUCAAUCAGUCAAGUGCAAAACUGCUGACUUUCAAGUAAUCUACUCUUGGCAACUCAAGCCAGGAAAAGUUAAAUAAUGCUGACCUCUGGGUUGCUGACUCUUUAAUUAACUGAAAAAUUUCCGUGGUUAUUCCAAAGGAUACUUCUUUUAUCAAAAUGAAUAGUAAUGUCCAAAAAAGGUCGUUACAGAGAAGACUUUCGUUUGACGUUGUAAAUUGGCUCAAACAACUGUACUCUAUCAACCCUUACCCAGAUAGAUUUCAGUAUGGAACUAUGGCUCUCCACUGCAAAAUAGAUGCAGCGCGCGUUCAAACCUGGUUUGCAAAUCGACGGGCUAGUGAUUGGCGUAGAGGACGUAUAUGUCGAAGUUGUCGAUAUUUCAAAUCUCCAUUGGCAACAGAACAACUACAUCGACUUCAUCCAAACUCGCGACAUUGCGUCUUGCUGACGAUGCCGCAGUAUCUUCAAAACUUUGCCAUCCAAACUGGAGAAACGCUGGCUCGUUCAACUCCUCCAUCAACUACCACUGAGCUUGAUAACGCGAACAAUGAGCAAGCGAGAUCUUUUCUUUCUUCCCAAGCACUUUCAUUUACCCAGCCAUUGGAAUACCAACCUUACCGUCAGCAAAUCCAAUGCAGCCAGGCAGCGAUAUCAUGCCAAAUGCAGGGGCAACAACUUGGCGGAAUGAUGCCACAUCAGCUGCCAUAUUCAAGCCAAAUGAGGCAGAAUUUUCAUCAAAUAAAUGAACGUGUGCCUUCCACCAGCAUACAGGGAGCUAAUGUCGGAAAUGAUGGCUGUUUUUCCGAUUGGUCUCGUGACCGAAAGUGUUCACCUCAAACUUACUGGUCAUCGAGUCAAAGUAGCCUCAUAGUUUCAAAUGCCUGGAUGCCAAUUGCUGCACCUUCUGCUACAAAGUUGGAAAAAAACAAUUUUGUACAAGAAAAUUCAAUUUUGAAUGCUGAAGUGUCUGGUGAAGAUUAUUCUCAGAUCAUUUAUCCAGAUUACAUGGACUUCCCACAUUUCCCACUUCCCACUAACAAUGUUAACUUGAAACCAUUUUAAAUAGUUUUUCUUUCAGAUGGCUUUUUAGUAUGUUCUACUGUUCCGACAUUCAAUUCUGUUCUUUUUUAUGUUUUACAAUUAUUUUCUUGUUUUAAGCAUCAUGCCAUUUGAACUAACCAAGAUUCUUUUUUGUCGAAAGGUUUAACAUUUAUGUCUCAAAACGGUCUCAAAUACAUCGAUUGUGUAAGGUGAAAAUACUUACCUCCGUCA